GUGACAGAAAAAAUGGCCGACGACAGAGACCCUCCCCCACUUUUCGAUGAUGAUGAAAAAGACACAAAAUCUGCCGAGCCAGAGGAUCUGUUCCCCCCAUCUACAGAUGCAAAAGAAAAGGACAAAGAAGAACCUGAAGAUAUCUUUGCAACAGGGGAUACAACUGAAAUAACACUUGAUGAUGAGAUACCAGGGACGAAAGCAAGUGAUCCAAUCGCAGCUGAGAAGAAAGCAAGUGAUCCACCUGCAGCCGAGUUAAAAACUGAAACACCUGUUGUUGAAAAGGAAACCCCCAAAGAGGAGCCUUCUGCACCAAAGGAGGAGCCAGAGGCUCAGACUCAGGAUGAGAUUGAAGAGGAGGAAAGUGGAGACCAGUUUACCAUAGAGAUCACAGUCAACAAUCCACAGAAGGUUGGAGAUGGAUUGAGUUCAUAUAUGGCAUACAGCGUAAACACAAAGAGCACCAUUCCAGAGUUUAAAUCUCCUGAAUUGUCUGUUUUGAGACGAUUUAGUGAUUUCCUAGGCCUGCAUGAGAAACUUGCUCAGAAACAUCUUCAUCUUGGACGUCUUGUGCCACCUGCGCCAGAGAAAAGUUUAGUAGGAAUGACCAAAGUAAAGAUGGCCAAAGAUGAGUCCGGUACCAGGGAGUUUGUGCAAGUCAGGAGAGCAGCACUAGAAAGAUACCUUAAUCGUACAGCUGCUCAUCCAAUCCUACGAGAUGACAGUGAUUUCCGAGAGUUUCUUGAGAAAGAAGGCGACCUCCCCAAGGCCACCAACACGCAAGCCAUCAGUGGUGCUAGCAUGAUGAGGCUCAUCAACAAAAUUGGGGACUCUGUCGGUAAAAUGACAUUCAAAAUGGAUGAAGGAGAUCAGUUCAACGUAGCGUGGUUUGAAGAGAAACACCAGCAGAUAGAAGCAAUGGACCUCCAGCUGAAGAAGCUACAUGCAAGUGUAGAAUCUUUAGUCAACAAUAGGAAAGAUUUAUCUGUCCAUACAGCAACAUUUGCAAGAAGUGCCGCCAUGUUGGGCAAUGCAGAGGAGCACACAGCUUUAUCUAGGGCCCUCUCACAGUUAGCUGAGCUAGAGGAGAAAGUAGAAGCUGUAGUCCAAGACCAAUCAGAUUCAGACUUCUACCUGUUUUCUGAACUGGUUAAAGAUUAUAUAGGAGAAAUAGGUGUAGUCAAGGAAGUUUUCAAUGAGAGAUUUAAAGUGUACAAGACCUGGAAAGAUGCUGAGGUGAUGCUCAGUAGAAAGAGGGAAGCAAAGGCAAAACUUGAGCUUGCCAGGAAGACUGAUAAAGUUCCAAUGGCCGCUGCUGAAAUAACUGAGUGGGAAGACAAAGUUGAGAAAGGUGAAAAGGAAUUUGAUGAGAUCUCAAAAACGAUUCGUAAAGAAAUAGGGAAAUUUGAUAUCAACAGAGUGAAAGAUUUCAAAUCAAUUAUAAUAAAAUACCUGGAAACAUUGGUGAAUAAUCAACAGAAGCUUAUAAAAUACUGGCAAGCAUUCCUACCGGAGGCCAAGGCAAUUGUGUAAAUAUCUUAUGACAAGAACAUUAGAUACCAGCAUAGGGAGACUAACCAAGGGACUUAUGAGAUUGGUGCAGAAAAUGUACAAACAAUAACCAACUAUAAGAGAUGAUAUACAGUUACACACACGGUUUUGAGACUGGUAUCAAUUGUGAACAGCCAUAGGAAUUCUGUUCCUGAAGGAUUUACAGAAAAUAGUGGUUUCUCUUCUCUAUAGACAUAGUUUAAGAAAGUCAGAGCAUGUUAUGGAAUAUAAUUGUUCUGAAAGAAACCUGUUGAACCAUAUGUGGAAGACACUACUAUUCACCAGACUUAUGUUCUGCAUAUUCUUUAUUUAACACAUUAUGUACACAUCUAAUACAUGAUGUAUAUAUUAAGAAGUUUUAAUAUAUAACAGUUAUACUUGGUGUUAAGAGCUGUCACAAGGUAGUGCCUCACAUUGAGCCAUUUCUCUAUUCACAUUACAAUAUCAUUAAGGACACUGGUGAUAUCAUGUCUAUAGUAUAUGAAAAAAGUGAUUCUGUGUUUUUGUAUAUCACAAUUUUGACAACUUCUUUUGGGUAAUAUUGGGCUCCCAAAUAUGAAACCUAAAGUUUGAAUAAUCAUUUUCAUGACAUGACAUUAAACAUUCCUUGAUCUUUCAAGUAUUUUCCAACCAUGUUUAGGCAUUCACCUUGUGUAUUGUGAACUCACUUAUAUAAUACCUUAACCUAGUUCCAAGAAUGCACCAUGGGAGAGUGCCCCUUUUGCAGGAAUACCAAGGACAGUGUUUCUACUUUGCAAUAUGUUAAGACAAGGUUAUUUCCAUGUAUUUGUAAUAAAUGUACAGUGAAUAAUAACUUGUGCUUCAGGUACAUGCAGAUGUAUGUUUUUUAUCAGUUUAUUCACAAAUGUUAUUUUUGUUUGACCUAAAUACUCACUUAACUGGUUCAUCUCGGUGUAGAUCAUAUGGAAAUUGGGUGAAGAAUUUUAUGAUUAAGCAGUUGAAUGUAUUCAUUGUAAUUCUUAGACCGAGUAAUGUAAUAUUAAUGUAUAAUGAUUAUUAUUUAUUUGUUGAUAUUUGCGUCAGUGCCACACAUGAUUUUGCCAAAGUUGUAUUGUUAUGCCCCUUAAUAACGUAAAAUCUUUUUCCAAUCAAUUAAUUAGAAAUGUGAGUCUGACAUCAUGAAUUGAAUGCAUUACAAUGUAUUGUCAUAUUACAUGUUUAUGGUAUGAAUGAAUUGUAACUUGAUAGAAUAUAUGUAUAUAAAUACAAA